ACUUUUCUUACAAAAGAAGCAAAGCUUUUAGCAGGAAUUUUCAUACACCUUUUCAUUUCUGCUCCCAUUCACGAUUGCAGUUUGUUAUCUUCUCGGCUUUUCUGGUGUUUUACUUUUCAAGCAAUUUGCUGUGUCAACCACAAACGGCAGGUAUUCUUCAGAUACUCGCCUAUGGCUUCAUUCUUCUUUGUUUUUGAAACUGCAAAGAUUCUAUUUGCCCCAAUUGAAAGAUGUUUGAACUGUAAAAGAAAUCUUGAUGAAAAUAUGAAGAUUAUGAAAAAACUGUUGAAUGAGUUGAAUAGUCUAAAGGAAGAUAUUGAACUAAGAAUAAGUGCAGAGUGUCAAGCUGGGGCAAUGCAAACAGAAGAAGUAAAAAACUGGUUAGAGGAUGUUCAGAGGAUCAAAACUGAAACUGAAUUCAUUGAAAAAAAGGCAGAAGAAAAGAGAUUUCUGUCUCGGGCGUUCCUAGGAAAACCUGUUGAGGAAAAGAUUGUGGAACUCAAGGCAUUUGUGAAGAAAGGUAAAACAUUUCUUGGCUUGGUCAAGUAUUUCAAGUACAUAAUUGUUGGUGGUGGAGUUGCAGCAGGAUAUGCAGCAAGGGAGUUUGAUCGGCAAGGCCUUGUGCCGGGAGAAUUGGCGAUUGUUUCCAAAGAGGCUGUGGCUCCUUAUGAACGUCCUGCACUGAGCAAGGGAUACCUGAAUCCGAAGGGAGCUACAAGACUGCCCGAGUUCCAUGUCUGUGUCGGAAGUGGAGGAGAGAGAUUACUUCCAGGAUGGUAUAAAGAAAAAGGAAUACAAUUGAUACUUGGUACAGAAAUAGUGAAGGUAAAUCUUGGUUCGAAGACUCUGAUAAGUUCCAGGGGAGAGACCUUUACGUAUCAGACUUUGAUAAUUGCAACCGGUUCAACAGUAGUAAGGUUGACAGAUUUGAAGGUAGAAGGAGCUGAUGCCAAGAACAUCUUCUACCUGAGAGAACUUGAAGAUGCCGAUAAGCUUACAGAAUCAAUUAAAACAAAGAAGAAUGGAAAAGCUGUGAUUAUUGGAGGAGGAUACAUUGGUCUUGAAGUUGGACCAGCUAUGAGAAUCAACAAUUUCGAUGUCACCAUGGUUUACCCUGAGACUUGGUGCAUGCCUAGGCUUUUCACCGCAGUUUUAGCCGCAUUCUAUGAAAGUUAUUAUGCAAACAAAGGGAUCAAAAUUAUCAAGGGAACAGUGGCAGUUGGCUUCAAUGCUAAAUCAAAUGGAGAGGUGAAGGGAGUGAAACUCAAGGAUGGUAGGGUAGUUGAAGCUGACAUUGUUGUUGUUGGUAUUGGAGCAAGGCCCCUGACAGCAUUAUUCAAAGGACAGGUUGAAGAGGAGAAAGGCGGAAUCAAAACUGAUGGAUUCUUCAGGACAAGCAUGCCUGGUGUAUAUGCUGUAGGAGAUGUGGCUACUUUCCCAAUCAAACUAUACAAUGAGAUGAGAAGAGUUGAACAUGUUGAUCAUGCCCGCAAAUCAGCUGAGCAGUCUGUCAAGGCAAUCAAGGCAAAUGAAACCGGGAAAGAGAUCGAAGAAUACGAUUACCUUCCAUUCUUUUACUCUCGUUCCUUUGACCUCUCAUGGCAGUUCUAUGGGGAUAAUGUUGGUGACACUGUGUUUUUUGGAGACAACAAUCCAUUAUCACCAAAGCCAAAGUUUGGGUCCUACUGGAUCAAAGAUGGAAAGGUGGUAGGAGCUUUCCUGGAAGGUGGGACUUCUGAAGAAAACAAGUCUAUUGCAAAAGUUUCUAGACUCCAACCUCCAGUUGAGAACUUGGAUCAACUUAAAAAGGAAGGUCUUUCCUUUGCCAGUAAGAUUUAAAAUGGGACAAAUUCAACGGUUUGUGCUUGUAAUUGUAUGUGUUUGUUUUUGUACCUGUUACUCACCUAUUUACAGUUCAUGGCUUGUAUUUGCACUUGGUUUGUUUAAUAUUGUGCUCUUGGAUUGAUUGCAAUGUUCCCAAACCUGAUUUCCCUGAAUUCAACUUCAUCAGUUGUGUUAUUUGUUCCACACUCUUGCUCAUACUUGAUUUCAUGAUAGAAAGGGAUUGCAU